AUGGCUGUCUGCAACGCUGGUAUUGCCCAAGUCCAUUCAAGUACACUUCCUUUACUCCAUAUCUUCGUGGUCUCCUUUUUAUUGUCUCUAAAGAUCCCUUCUACGAAUUCAUCAUUAUCUUUCAGUUUUAAUGAUUUUGAUCCUAAUGGUAAUCAAAUUCAUUUUGAGGGGCAGGCUUCUUAUUCUGGUGAUAAAGCCAUCUACCUCACCAGAAACCAGCAGGAGAAAAAGAUGAAUGAUAGUUGGGGUCGAGCUACAUAUCGUGAGCCGUUUCACCUUUGGGAUAAGGCCUCGACAAGGAUGGUUGAUUUCUCUACCAAUUUCUCAUUUGGAAUUGAUUCCCUAGGUUAUUUUCAUGGUGAGGGACUCGCAUUCUUUCUUGCUCCAUACGGUACCCAACUGCCUUCAGUUGUGACAGGAGGCAGCGGCCUGGGUCUCGUGUCUAACAACCAGCAGGCACUAAACUCAACAGAAAAUCACUUUUUUGCAGUGGAGUUUGAUACUUAUCCAAAUGAUUGGGAUCCAAAACAUGAUCAUGUUGGUAUCAAUAUUAACUCCAUGAAAUCUGUGGAAAACAUGACAUGGAGUCAUACUCUGGGAGGAAAAAUAAAUCAUGUUUCCAUCAGUUACGCUUCUAGUUCAAAAAAUCUGAGUGUUAUCUUUGGCACUGAUGAUUUGUAUGAUAACACCACUCCACAAAGCCUCUAUUACAAAGUUAAUCUGAGCAAUUACUUGCCCGAAUUCGUUACUAUUGGCUUCUCAAGUGCAAGAAAAAAUUCGUACGAGAUAAACGUCAUUUACUCAUGGAGUUUCCGUUCAUCAGAUUUACAAAUCUCUGAUAGAGUAGUGGUGGGAUUGAGUUUUGGCGUUUGUGCCCUGGUGGCCGGGUUGGGAAUGGUUUUCUUUUGCUUGUGGAAGAAAGGGAUAAGUGAGAAAGGGGUAGAAGAUCCUGAUUUUGACCUGUCCAUGGUUGAAGAUUUUGCAACGGGUACUGGGCCUCGGAAGUUUACGCGUCAAGAGUUGGUUCUUGCCACAAAUAACUUUGCAGAGGCAGAGAAGCUUGGAGAGGGAGGGUUUGGUGGGGUUUAUAAAGGUUUCUUGCGGAAUCCAAGCUCCUACAUUGCUGUUAAGAGGGUCUCAAGAGGGUCUGAACAAGGGGUAAAAGAGUAUGCAUCUGAAGUAAAGAUCAUCAGUAGAUUGAGGCAUCGGAACCUGGUGCAGCUAAUGGGCUGGAGCCAUAAAAAAAGAGAGCUUCUAUUGGUAUACGACUUCAUGCCAAAUGGUAGUUUGGCCUCUUGUUUAUUUGAAGGAAAAACCUUGUUGACAUGGGCAAUGAGGUACAAAAUUGCUACCGGAUUGGCCUCAGCGUUGCUCUACCUGCAUGAAGAAUGGGAACAAUGUGUUGUGCACAGAGAUGUAAAAUCGAGUAACGUGAUGCUGGAUACAGAUUUCAACGCGAAGCUUAGUGAUUUUGGGCUAGCCAGACUUGUUGAUCAUGGGAAAAGGUCACAAACCACAGUUUUGGCAGGGACUAUGGGGUACAUGGCUCCUGAAUGUCUUAUGAAAGGCAAUGCUAGCAAGGAAUCCGAUGUCUACAGUUUUGGAGUUGUUGCUUUGGAAAUUUGCUGUGGAAGAAAAUCUGUGGAGCCAAAAGCCAAGGAAAAUCAGAUCAAAUUGGUGGAGUGGGUUUGGACCCUUUAUGGAGUAGGAAAGCUUCUUGAAGCAGCUGACCCAAGAUUAUGUGCAGACUUUGACGAGAAACAAAUUGAACGCCUGAUGAUUGUGGGGCUUUGGUGUGCUCACCCAGACUGCAAUAUUCGGCCUGCAAUAAGGCAAGCAGUUAAUGUCCUUAAUUAUGAAGCUUCAUUGCCUGUUCUCCCUUCAAACAUGCCUGUGCCAAUGUAUUAUGCUCCUCCAGAAAAUACAUAUGCCUUUUCACUUCAAGCAUCCUACACUGUUACCAUUUCUGAGAGAGGCUAAUCCCGGCUUCCAAGCUUUUCUGCUGGCACAAACUCAUCUAACUUCACAUCUUCUUCAACUUCUUCUCCAUCUGCAUCUCUGCUGCACAAUCACUCAGUUCUUCAUAAGUUUGUCUGGUUUCAGUUUGCUAUGCAUUUGAAGUGUUUAGUUUACUUCUGA